UUAGUUAAUUGUGCCCUCCUUGCUUGCUUGCUUAGUUACUCCCUCCGUCCGGGUUUAUAAGGCCCACCGACCGAAUCACCAAGACCAAGGCAGUCUCCUGUUCGCGCACGCUAGUUUAGGUAUUAAUCUCUCGAGUAAUUACCCGAUGCUUCGUAUGGAACGUCAUUCAUUGCGGGUGAUCAAUCAUGCAUGCUCUGCGCCAAUCGCAUGCUUCACUUUCCCUCUUGAGCCCCCGCAUGCAACGUCUGCGAAUUUAUUUCCUGCGGGCCUAGCAGACGGAGCUGCAACCGAAGCGGAAAAUCUCUAUGCAUGCAGCGUUUGUAUAUCAAUUAUUUCCUUGAUAAUGCUGCCUCAUGCACUUUUCUCGCAAGCAUCCAAGGUUCCCAAUUAAUUUUCCUUGGUACUCGGAAGAAGGGGGCCUUAUAAAUACGGACGCCCCUCUCGUGCUUAAGGGCCCAAUAAACCCGGACGGAGGAAGUAAUUGCCAAGUUGUUCGCUCUAGCUCCGUAGUCGGUUGAUUAGUACUCCCUCCGUUUCAUAAUUUGUUUACUGGAUUGUACUACUUGCCAAGUGUCUGACCAAUAACUUACUGGAUUGUCUGCUGCUGCUGCUGGCUGGACGAUAUGUCUUCUGUCAACUCGCUCUUGCUUCAUGUCUGCCUUCACAGUUUGGCUUGGUGGCCUUGCGUGUAUCUUCUCCACCACCCUUCUCUUCCAAAUCCUGGUACGGCCCUGCAGCAAUGGAGGAGUCUUCUUCUGCUCACAGUCGUCAACAAAGAUCCCAUCCAUUGUCAGCAAGAGAUACAGUACUGCCUACCACUUCCAGCCUCCCAAGAACUGGAUGAAUGAUCCAAGUGGACCAAUGUACUACAAUGGCAUCUACCAUGAGUUCUACCAGUAUAACCCCGAUGGCUCCAACAGUCCAAGUCUCUCCUAUAACAUAGUUUGCGGCCAUUCAGUUUCAACAGACCUUGUCAACUGGAUCGGUCUUGAACCCGUACUAGUACCGGAUACCCCAAGUGACAUAUGCGGUUGCUGGACCGGCUCAGCCACAAUUCUACCUGGUAAUCGACCGGCCAUCAUAUACACUGGUCUCAUCAACAUGGAGAAGCAUCAGGUCCAAAACAUUGCGCUUCCCGAAAACCAGUCUGAUCCGUACCUGAGGGAAUGGACCAAAGCAGGCAAUAACCCAGUGAUCCAACCGGUCAUGCCAGGCUUGAACUCGAGCCAGUUCAGGGAUCCGACAACCGGUUGGAUCGGACCAGAUGGACUAUGGAGAAUAGCAGUUGGUGCUGAUCUGAACGGCUCCAGUACUGCACUUCUGUACAAGAGUGAAGACUUCUUGAAUUGGACCAGAGUUGAACACCCAUUGUAUUCAUCCAAGUCCUUUGACAUGUGGGAGUGCCUGGAUUUCUUCGCGGUAUUGUCGGGAAGUAACGGUGGACUGGACAUGUCUUCAGCAAUCCCUAAUGGCGCCAAGCACGUCCUCAAAAUGGGCAUGGAUUACAGUGACAAGUACAUGAUUGGGGUUUAUGAUCUCAAACGUGAUGUCUUUGUGCCAGAUACUGUCAUAGAUGACUAUCGGCUAUGGCUGAGGAUCGACUAUGGCAAUUUCUAUGCUUCAAAAUCGUUCUUUGACUCCAAACAUGGAAGGAGGAUCAUAUGGGCUUGGAGCAACGAGACAGAUACUUCUUCAGAUGAUGUUGCAAAAGGCUGGGCAGGAAUCCAUUCAGUCCCCAGGACAAUUUGGUUAGACAGCGACGGCAAGCAGUUGUUGCAAUGGCCAGUUGAAGAGAUUGAGUCCCUUCGAAGAAAUGAAAUCAACCAUCAAGGACUAGAGCUGAACAAGGGAGACCUAUUUGAGAUUAAGGGAAUUGACACUUUGCAGGCUGAUGUCGAGAUAGAUUUUGAGCUGACAUCCAUCGAUGACGCGGAACCUUUUGAUCCUUCCUGGCUUUUAGACGCCCCGAAGCAGUGCCGGGAAGCUGAUGCAUCGGUUCAUGGUGGCAUAGGGCCAUUCGGACUUGUUAUUCUGGCCUCCGACAACAUGGAGGAGCACACUGAUGUGCACUUCAGGGUUUACAAAUCACAGCAAAACUACAUGAUCCUCAUGUGCACUGACCUAAGAAGGUCUUCCCUGAGACCAGGACUAUACACACCAGCCUAUGGAGGCUUCUUUGAACUUGACCUUGAAAAAGAAAGGAAAGUCUCUAUCAGAACUCUGAUUGAUCGGUCGGCAGUGGAGAGCUUUGGCGGCGGUGGCAGAGGCUGCAUCAUGGCUAGAGUUUACCCAGUGUCACUUGUCGACGACGACCACCAGCCCCACAUGUACUCCCUCAGUUCCAAAAUAGAUGACCCAACUUUGUACUAACUUUAGUACAAAGUUAGGUCAUCUAUUUUGGAACGGAGGGAGUAUGUCUUUAACAAUGGAAGCACCAUGGUCAGAGUGCCUCAGCUCAGGGCAUGGAGCAUGAAGAGAGCACAAGUGAGCGUUUAACACGGAAGAGCAGUUGUGUUUGACACGUGAUUAGAGGACCGCCUUAAAUCUAGUCAUUUGUUGAUUUCAGUAUUUGGCAUGGGUAUUUCAACUAGACGCCCAUGGAGUACUGUAUGAUUUAAAUUUGCAGAGAUUUGGAAUAAAUAAUACUCCUAUAUAUGAGCUUGUGCAUG